AUGGCCCACCAGCCACACAAAAUCCCAUGGGAUCUAGUAGCAUCUCUGAUACGCUGGUCAGACGGCAAACCCAAAGAAUGUGUCUCCAAUUCAACAAGCUUACACCCUGGCUCAACCGACAACACAUGGAACCAGUUGCACGAAUUCUCUGCUUCUUUUGCUAGGGUGCUCGACGAGGCUGUAGAGUCUGCAAGGGCCAAAUACCCAGCAAAAUACCACCCUCCAGCCGAGAAUGAAGUACUUCUUGAUGAUAGAAUAAUCAGAAAGAUUGAAGACGAUCUCAUCCAGUGGCGGGAAAGCCCUCAUGCUAUCGAAACGGGGGUAGACAAGAGUAUCCCGAUUCCACGAGAGAUGAGGAUAAAGUCUGCAUUUUUCCAUGACAACCCACCAGACAGUCACUACAGAUUUAACAAGGUCGACGGAAAGGGCCUUUUCAAUAUUGAAAUUAUCAAGCUCUUGAUAAUCCAUGACGAGAUGGAACCAGUGCUUCGUGCAUGCGCCCAUGAAUAUGCCCAGGCGAUGAGAUAUGAGACCGGCUGGCGCAUGCUCCACGAGCAUGCCUUAUCUGCGUACCUAAGUCUCAACACAAUCUACUGCCUCCCCGAGUAUUGGGAUCCAGCAGCAGGCGGGACACCCGGAAAGGACUACCGGAGUACAAGGUCAUACCAAUCAAUGCUUAGAGGAUGCACCGCUCUUGGAAAGACCUCGGAGAUUGUCAAUUACCCUCAUCGGAACUUCUUCGGCAUAGCCCCUGACCAGUUCCACGCGAUGGGACCCAGAGUCGCAGACAAACAACGCUGGCUCAAUAAGCUAGACUUUGACAGUCAGUCGGGAACAAUUAAAAAGAAUCACUAUGGAGUCUUGCCCUUUGACGACUUUAUCACUCUGGAGAACCCAAAACCUCAACAUAUCCCCAAUGCAUCCGAUGUCACUACCGUACAGGGCAUACUAUUGCGGCACUUACCAUUUGAGCUCGUCCUGCUCAUCAUGGAGAGGGCGAGAUAUACGGAUAGAAGGGCUCUUACUAUACCUCACGACCCGCUGCAUCCAUUGAACCGACAGGCGUUAGACGCAUAUCUUGAGCACUGCUGGCAGAUCCUUGUCCGCUGUCGAAUGCUGGCCAAGGAAACUCAUCCCUACAGAGGCACGUGGGAUUUCAGGAUUAAAGAGGGCAUACGUAAACUCUGGGUGGUGCCAGUGCGCUAA